GGACGGAGUCGUGAAGCCACAGAGGACAAAUCAACUCAGAGAAGACGAGCAGCCAAGCAGCCGGCACAAAGAAAGACCAGCCUGCAGAGAUGGAGAACAUGAAGAGCGCCAGGAAGAACGAUGAAGGAGAAGUUGGAAGUGAUUUAUCAGAGCAGAUUAAAGCAGCCACUAAAGACAACCACGUCCGAGCUGAAAACACCCAGCUGAUGCUGAGCUACCAGAAAGGACAGAUCACCCUGCCACAGUACAAGGUGCUGCUCUGCUCCCUCUAUGAGAUCUACAGGGCGCUGGAAGAAGAGAUGGACAGAAAUUCAUCCCACCCUGCUGUUGCGCCAAUAUACUUCCCUCAGGAACUUGCCCGUCUGGAGUCACUGGAGAGAGAUCUGGAGUAUUUCUUCGGCUCGGAGUGGAGGAAGAGAGUGAUCGUUCCUGCAGCCACACACAGAUAUGAACAGAGACUCAGAAAGAUCGGCAGAGAGAAGCCGGAGCUGUUGGUGGCCCACGCCUACACUCGCUAUCUUGGAGAUCUAUCAGGAGGUCAAGUGCUGGGAAAAAUUACCCAGAAAUCUCUAGGGCUGAGCGGCACAGAGGGACUUUCCUUCUUCUCUUUCCCUGGCGUGACCAGCCCGAACCGCUUCAAGCAGCUGUACAGGAGCCGCAUGAACAGCAUCGAGCUGACGGAGGAGGAGAAGGAGGAGGUGCUGGAGGAGGCGGUCGCUGCCUUCGAGCUCAACAUUCAGGUUUUUGAUGACUUGCAGAAAAUGUUGAGUAUUACAGCGGAAACCGCGGACCAAUCAGCAGGCAGCAGCGUCGAAACCUCAAUGUUCCCUUCUUCCCCCCUCAUGCAGCUCACCGUGGGAUUGUGUGUAGCACUGACCACCAUUGGAGUGGGAAUUUACUCCUUUUAGACCUAAACAUGUUACCAUGCACAUGCAGCACUUUACCUAUCACUUUUGUAUAUUUAUGAUUUUAUGAUACCAGAUUUUUCAUCUGUGAUGGAAUUAGAGUCAAAUAAAUCAAUAUCUAUUAUAAUACUAUGGCAAUAAAAGAAGUCUUAGACUGUUGAUCUGGAUUAUUUCUUGAUGAUUAGUUGCUAAAGUUGAUGCUAAACUACAGCUCAUGGUCUACAUUGAGCAGAAGUGCUUCUACUGUAAUAUUACCAGCAUAUUUGUGCUACACAGACAGUGAGUUUGCCCACUAUCUGUUUAUUGAUUGAUUUAUUAUAAAUAAGAUGCAGUUUUUCAUAUUGUCAGUGCCUUUUGAUACUAUCUUCCAUCAACUCUUAGAGGCUGUUCAGGUCAUUUUGAGGCUUUUUUGGUCUUUUUUUAAAAUUUCUUUUCGAUUAUUUUAAUGUGAAUAAUUAACAUUUUGGAGGGUAUUUUUUUCCUGAUAGAAUUCAGAUAUUUUUAUAUCAGGGCCUGUAACAGGUCAGUAAUAAGCUCUAGACACUUGUACACACUCAGGCUGUUAGUGGCCAAAAAUGCCCCAUUGAAACCCAUCAGAACCACAAUGAUUGACCCUCCAGUCACAGCAGUAAAAAGCAUGAAUUCUGUGAUAUUAGAGUUUCAUUCUGGGGUCACUGCUUCAAAGAUUUUCCUGUUUGUUACUAAAUGUCAGAGGUUUUCACAUAUUUGCCUGUUUUUUCCUGGUUUCCGAUAUGGGCACUACUGUGGAAAUGUAUUAACAUAAUGAAAAUAAACAAAAAUAAUGCAUUAAA